CGGUGUCCGAAAGCGGGGAGAAAAAAUUCCUUCGUGUUAUUCGAACCCAAGAUAUCGUUUGGUUUGCUUGUGUCUGUCUGUUCAGCGAUCAUUUUUUAAUUAUCGUUUUCUUGUUUUGCGAUUUUUCUGAUUUCCUUUUUCUUUCGAUAUGGCUGAAAUUGAUUAUCGUUAUUGCUUUGGAGCGCAGGACGAUGUCAUUGUCCAGAAAAGGAUGCUGACCGUACCAAAAAUUGACAAUUUGAACGAUUUAAUUCGAGAGUUGCGGUUGGCAUUCGCUACGGAUCAUGUCAAUAUUGAAAGAGUUCAAGAUCUGAUGUCUGCAUACAAGUCGAAUCCGAGGGAUUGGAUCAAGUUUGCCAAGUUCGAUAGAUAUCGUUAUACUCGCAACUUGGUGGAUGAAGGUAAUGGAAAGUACAAUUUAAUGCUGCUUGCCUGGGCUGAAGGACAGGGAAGCAGCAUACACGAUCAUGCUGACAGCCAUUGCUUCAUGAAAAUGUUGGACGGUGAAUUGAAGGAAAUUCGUUUUGCUUGGCCUUCUGAUUCCGAUGAAGAAGAGAAGGAGAUGGAAAAGAUUUCCGAAACUACGUUGAAAACCAACGACGUCAAUUAUAUGAAUGAUUCGUUGGGAUUGCACCGAGUUGAGAAUCCGAGUCACUCCCAGACCGCAGUUAGUCUUCACUUGUACUCCCCACCGUUCGAAUCAGUACUGCUUUUUGAUCAACGCACCGGUCACAAGACUCGAGGAAAAGUCACUUUCUGGAGCAAAUAUGGAGAGAGGACUCCAUUUGGUGUUGAAUCAGCUAAAUUGGAUGAAGAAGAUUAUGAAAAUAAUUGAAGAGUUUCAGAUUGUAUAUAGUUUCAUCACAUGCAUUGUAUUAUAUGCAUGAGUUUUGUUGUUAAUGUUUAGUUAUCAAUAAAGUUAUUAAUGUUGGAUAA